AUGGAAGAAGUGGAGACGUUCGAGCCUUGCUCUGAUGAGCAUGUAAAGGAGAUCCUUGCCCUUGAUGCCUCAGCGCACAGCGACUGGUCAGCCAUUUCGGCUGUAACCGACGAGGAGGGCAACACCAUCGAAGUCUUCAGGCAAAGGAUGGACACCGGCCUGGACAAGCUGAAGGCCCUCGUGACGACCGUGCACAUCACGGCUGACGUCGUACACGAAGUGCUUUACAACAUCGAGACGCGAGUGAAUUGGGAUCACGGCGGCAAGGACAUGCAGGUCGUGGAGAAGAUCGACGACGAGCUCGACGUCAUCUACUUCUGGGCCAAGGCCCCGCCCACGUUCACCAACCGCGAGUUCCUGCAGAGCCGACUCACCAGGACGCUCGACGACGGCACCCGGGUCAUCAUCUACCGCUCGGUCAAGCACGACAAGUUCCCUGAGAAGCCCAAGAAGUUCGUGCGCGCCUACACCAAGCUCUCCGGCUACGUCAUCAAGCCCAACCCGAGCGGCGAGGGCUGCCGCGUCACCUUCCUCAGCCAGAACGACAUCAAGGCCUCCAUUCCCUCGAUGGACACCGGCCUGGACAAGCUGAAGGCUCUCGUGACGACCGUGCACAUCACGGCUGACGUCGUACACGAAGUGCUUUACAACAUCGAGACGCGAGUGAAUUGGGAUCACGGCGGCAAGGACAUGCAGGUCGUGGAGAAGAUCGACGACGAGCUCGACGUCAUCUACUUCUGGGCCAAGGCCCCGCCCACGUUCACCAACCGCGAGUUCCUGCAGAGCCGACUCACCAGGACGCUCGACGACGGCACCCGGGUCAUCAUCUACCGCUCGGUCAAGCACGACAAGUUCCCUGAGAAGCCCAAGAAGUUCGUGCGCGCCUACACCAAGCUCUCCGGCUACGUCAUCAAGCCCAACCCGAGCGGCGAGGGCUGCCGCGUCACCUUCCUCAGCCAGAACGACAUCAAGGCCUCCAUUCCCUCGUGGGUCGUGAACCUGCUGGCCAGCUUCUUCAUGAAGAAGUGGCUCAACACCCUGCGCGAUGCCUGCAACAAUCAGCUCAAGGAGAACGCCAAGGCCAAGGAGUGA